GCAAAACAUAUCAGUAUCUCGUGUAACUAACCUCAAAACAAAUCAUGCUGUAAUAUUAGUUUAUUUAUUAUAUUCUUGUUGUGUGUUAAAAUGACUCACGAUGGUGACAUUUUGGUUGACAUACCGAGUGAAGAUUGGCCAGAGUUAGCAGUACUGUACGAGAAACAUCAGGAAGAAGCACCGUACGUUUACUGUGCAAUUAAAACGGCAAUUCGUUGGAAUGAACAGGGGGUCAAAAAAUUCACGUUCACUUCCCCCAACAAUUGCUGGAGGGAGGAUGGAACUAUUUUCGUGUUCAUCCAGUUUCAGUACCUUGACUUGCUAAUUUAUACUUUAACUGGGAGUCACGAUGAUAUUUAUGAGGGUCUCAAACGUACCAAACGAAUUAAACCUGGCACCUCUGUUCAGAUCUAUUCUUUGCAUUAUUCUCUAUUUCCUACAGUAAGGAAUUUUGUUAAAGACUCCAAAAAAACUUUGAUUUUUGACAUACCAGGAACAACGUAUGCCUUAACUGUAGAACAAAGUUUACAUUUAGAUACAAGGUGUCCAACAGGCCUAAUUGUUAAACGAUUAAAUUCCCAACACGUGAAUCAAAUUAACAACACUUGGCCACAUAAGUAUGAAAAUUCUGAAGCCUACAUUUCAGAAGUAAUCAAACUAAAUGAUUGUUUCGGUUUGUUCCUGGAAGAAACCGAUGAAUUGGUGGCCUGGGCCUUAACUCACCACAUGGGUAUUUUAGGUAUUAUCCACACGGAAGAACAGCACAGGAAGAAAGGGUAUGCGUCCAUAAUCACCAAACAUUUGAGCAAGGAAAUAGCAAGGCUCAACUUAAGACCAGCCGGCAAUGUGAUUGUGGGAAACAUGCCUUCCGAGAGCAUGUUUGAAAAGAACGGCUUUCAAGACGUUGGAAAAUGUACUUAUAUAAAAUUUAUUUAUUAAUACAUCUCCUGAAAAAAUAAUUUUGUUUUGAAUUUUUUGAAAAUUGGCCAAAAUUUAAAUACACACAAAUUUAAUUAU